ACGCCCAAUUAACCUAAAACCAGAGACGACGAAACUUUCAGAUUGUGACUUUUCGAUCUGUGAGAAAGAGUGAGCGAACCCAAGAAAUCGAAGAAGAUAUGAGGAAGUUUGAUCCAUGGCCCGUCUUCUUCCGCCGUGAAUGGAGCCGUAACUGGCCGUUCCUUGUCGGUUUCGCCGUUACCGGUGCUAUCAUCACCAAGAUGUCUCUCAAUCUCACCGAGGAGGACGCGAAGAACUCCAAAUUUGUGCAGAGGCACAAAAGGUGAAUCGUCUUUUGAUAUAAUAAUACCGGGUGAUUUUCCGAAACAGAAAUGAGUUUGCUAUUUGGUGGAUUGGGAUUAAGGCUUUUUUUUUUUUAUAUAGUUUGCUUGUCAACAAAUAAUUAUUACCCAAUGUUCACAAACUUGAGUACUCUAUUUGAAAUAUUACCCAUGAAUUGACCCAAUUACUUUUUCAUGUUGGCUAAUAUUUGUUUCAUUCAUAACCCUCAUCUGAAAUGUGUUUGUUUUUCU